AAAUGAAAAUUCAUGCAAGGCGCUGGGUUUGUCUAAAUCUAACCUAACCGCUUGCCGCUUGGCGGGCCCAUGCUUGCUUGCCGGUGCAUCCCGUUAAAUAAUGCAUUGACAUUUCACUGAGAACGAUUAAGCAAACUUUUUGUCACGAUGGAAACCAAAAAUCAAGAUAUGUGGACUCCAUACAAGGAGCUCCAAAGUGUUGUGGAAAGUAUAGUUAUGAGAUCAAUGACUGACCCUCUGAAAGAUUUGGACAAUUUUCUGCAGAAACAUAAACAAAACUUUAUCAAUCUUCUCAAAAAUCCUCCCAAGAAUGCGCAGAGCAGAGAAGAGUUGAAGAAGGGUAUGACAGAGGGCAUAAAUUUGCCUGGGAUGGGUCACCAAAUUCUGUCCAAAGAUUUGGUCGAUGAAGCCUUAAUUAUAUCAGAUAUGUACGACCUUAAUGAAUACCAGGCGUUGGAUCUGCUCUGCACUGCUCAAAGGCAAAUGGCUUUCCAUCCUGGUCUGCCUAGAGGAUUGGUGGCUGUGCUAUUGUAUUACGAUGGAAGGAAGGCUCUUGUGUCCACUUUGAGAACACUGGUUCAAUCUCGGGCAGGAGUUGCUUGGAGUUUGGAAAUCAACCCAGAAGUUAUUGACUAUGUCACUGAUUACACUGAUAAACUCAUGGAAGAUGGACUCAUCAGUAAGAUUUUAAAUCUCUUAGAUACUAUGGACCUGUCAAAAGAAACAGAACUUCUUCAGCAGAACAGAGCCUUUGGAGGCCCAAAACACAACCGACAAGUUGUUGAUUUACUUGAAGAAACAAAGCAAAUUCUUGCUGACAUAGUGUUUUGCUGGGCUGUGCAGUGUGGAUUGCCCAGGGAACCAACAGUGAGAUUGAUUCAGCAGUUGAGGAGAACAAAGCUUGAAGAAGGAUCAACGGGUGGAAUUGAUGGGGUUACUCUUGCUCUUCAAAUGGCUUUGCUGUGUGCUCUGGAUUUAAGUAUUCUUCAGAAGAGAGAAGAUGGUGAAGAUGCAGUUCAGUUAUUACCACUUAUGUCAGAUCCAGAAUUUCUACCAGUUUUGCAUAGAGAAUUAACUAAUUCAAGGCCUUGGGAGUGUGAAGGAUUGCAAGCCAUUACUUACUUAGCAUGGGGCUUAGUCCUUGCUACAAUGAGAUCUCAUCAUAGUCAACCUACUCAUGGUAUAGGCAUAUUGGAUGAAGAUGAUUCACUGAUAAGCUUUGCAGUGAAUCUGGGAGUCUUUGAUUUUCUUCAACGCACAUUCCUAGAGAACGCAAUCAUUUUCAAAGAAGAAACGUACAUGAGACGCCUGCACAGUUUGGUUACGGACUUCAUAGUAUUUAUGCCCUUAAAAGUUAAAGAACUUAGAAGUCGUGCUGAAGAUGCUGCUCGCACUGUCCAAAGCUAUGCACAGCAAGGGCUGGAGCCUCCUCCAAAUUUGCCUCAUCAUUAUGAGCACCUUAUGUUGACAAUUGCAAGGUUGUAUCGGGAAGACCCUCUUCAUCUUGAAUUGGUACUUGAUUAUUGGUGCCCCACAGAGAGUUCUUCCUCCUCAGGAUUCCCUUUCCGUUCCAAUUCCAGACAGGUUUCUCUUUUUAAGUUUGUUCGAGGAUCUGCUGAUAAUUUAUCUCCAUCCCUCUAUGUCGCCUACAUGAAAAUGUUGUGCAGUCUAUCUUCAACUCAACAAGCUGCCAGGCACUGUUUUAAUCUCUUAAAACAAAACAGCCCAGUCAACACAUGUUUCAUUUCAUGGGAUCACUUUUUCACAUCACUGAAUAGGUAUUAUUUCAGCCUGAGGCAAGAGCCUAUCUCCAAAGCUGACACUGUGUACCACAGACCCAUGCAACCUCGGGGCAUUACACUUCAAGAAAUUCAAGGCCUGCAAGCUGUCCUCAGUCUCAUCAGAGCUGUUGCAGAACAUGAUGAGGUUUCAAGGGCUGCAAUCAGUGAAAACCCAACUUGGUCUCCACUGGUAGUUCUACUUGGUCUAGUCAGCUGUUGUGUGCCUGUCACACUGAAGGCUGAACUCGUGCUGACUUUAGCUGCCCUUGCAAAUGCGCCAGACACAGCUGCUGCUCUGUGGGUCUCAAUGGAAGCAGCACAGAUUAUUUGCACCGUACCAUCAACUAGUACUUAUCAACCACGAGGAGUCCAAACAGAACUGGAAGAUAUUGAGUCUCCCGCUGAAGAGUUUCCCCUGACAAGAGCAGUGCUCAAACUAUUGGAUGUGCUCACAAACUGGCCUGUACCACGGCUACUCGGAGUGGGCUCGCGAUCGCCGGGAUUUUACCCUUACCUCAGUUAUGUGCUGCAUUCAGUCUUCUUGAAGGCGUGUUCUCGGAAGUACAAACAGCCUCAAGAGAAGUGGGAGAUCCUUAACAGCUGUUUGGUACUGUUGGUUAAGUUCUUAAAUCAGUAUGAUCCAGAACGUGAAGAUUUCCCUGGAGCUGUGGUUGAACUUCAGGGUGGCGGCUCACCUCAAGUCACUCCACCCCCAGGCUUUCACCUCAUGAUUGAGUUACACUCCAAACCAUCUGAACUGCUUCGCCACAUUCUUGUUUUGCUUGAAGAGGGUUGCAUCUAUUUAGAUUCCUAUGCUCCCUUUGCUGGGAAGGAUGCCCUGGAAGCUAGUAUGCUGGGCUGUUUGCAGCUGUUGGAGCGUGCCCUAGUUUUACAACAACGAUUCCACAUACUUCAUAGUAGUUUGAACUCAAAUAUGCUCUUGACUGGCCUCAGUCGUCUUUUACUCGGAUUGAAUUCACGUACCAAAAGCCCUGACUUCCUUGUGAGUGUUGGAAAAUAUGUUACAUACAGCAGCUGGUUACCAAGGCAUGCCUUGUCUGCAGUUCACAUUCUUUUGGCUGUCUCUACCUACCCAACUGCUGCUGGUCAGCUGGUAGAUAUGUUCACUUCAAGCCCAAGUUUGGAACUUGAAAUACGACAUGGAUUUGUUGAAUGCCUUGAAGCAGAAGAAGACUUUGCAGAUGAUAGUGAAUCAGGAGAUGAAACCAGCAUCAUUUUGAAAACGAAAGAAGCCAUCUUAAAGUUAAUGCAAUUGUGCUUGAACCAAGCUCCUCCAAACAUAUCCCACUAUUUACUUGGGUUCCAGCGCACAAAGGAUAUCAGCAAAACAGUCUUUCAACAACCAGGUGUCAUGGGCUUCCCUCGGACUUGUAUGCAUUCCUUGCUUGCUAUGCUGGAUUCAUCGUUGAAAUCAAGACAUGUUCUCAGCUCCAAAAGCAACAAUGAGGCAGCAGCACAGGCCCGGCUUCUAGAAGCUGCAUAUGGUCUCCUGUACAAUCUCUGCGCUGGAAGCAAAACAGGCCAACCCGUACUACGCUUCUUGAGGACAUCCAACAAUUUCUUAGCAAGACAUUUGGCAGCUCUGCCAUUUUCAGGAAGAGGAACACACAAUGCUGCUGAGCUGAACCAAAUGUGCUGGUUGCUGAAGAUGGUUGCCAUUGAACUUAAGGCAUCUGCUACACGCUCUCAACAUUCAAAUCUAGCAUCCUUAGCUAGAAUUUUGCUGAGUUCCCCUGAUGAAAAAGCUCGUGGGACUCAAUUUGAGAUUGAUGAAUCUCCUCAUCUUCAAGACAUCACCAAACAUUCUAAUUUUGGGGAGUUCGAUAGUAAACCUUAUGACCGUCUGAUGCUUAAGCUUCUUGCAUUACUUGAUACUUCAGCAGAGACUUUAGCAGCACCCAACUGGGAGUAUUUUGAACCCAAGAAGGUGGAGGAGGUCUUUGCCCAAUGUGAAAACACAAUGGCCCCUGGGUUGAAGUUGGUGGAUGUGAAAAGGCUUCAUCGUAUUCUCAUGGAAGAAUUAUCAAUUGUGCAAGGAAACUCAACUGUUGGACAGAGGCAAUCUAUUGUAGAAGAAAUCCAGACUGUGUUGAAGUAUGCUUUGGAGCGAAACAAACAACGCACUCACACACAUGCAAAUGUCAAAUUCAUGGAUGCAUGGAGGCAAGCUGUUGGGGUACUGUUUAUUGUGGUUCCUCUUGAAAUUUUACCAUGUCCUCGCCGCCUUCAAAUCAUACUAGAUACAUUACAUUUGCUCAUUAAUAAGGUGGUGAUGGGUCAAAUGACCAAUGAACUUUCCAAUCUCACCUCAAGUGCAUUCCUGCUGCUGCUAGAAAAUUUGCGGCAGUCUUAUGUGUUGGGUGAACGUGCAGAAAGUGGUAAUGUCACGCUGGGUCAAUCUCAGGCUAAUGGAAGACAGGAUGCUGACUGUAUGGUUCUUGCUGGUGGUCUUGUUAACACAAGCAUCUGCGAGGCUACAGCUCAGGGCGGCAGCGGUGGUGGAAGAGCUGUUCUAGAGGAGAACUCAGCCAAACUGAAUGUUAUUUUAUCUGGAAUCUUGCAGUGGAUGCUUGGAUCAGGUGUGGCAUCUCAGAAACUCCGAGCAAAUCUAUACAGCUCUCUUCUUAGCUUUAUGCACAUUGUGUGCCUCCCUGAAAAAUCUCGCUCUGAAGAUUUUGGCUUUAAUAUGACACUCCCUGAUCCUUCCAUCUCUUUGGGUAGUGUGACAAGUGCAUCUUUUAGUGCUACUGGAAGUCCAAUCAGACAAGAGAGGAAGACACCUCUUCAAGCAAGUCUUGAUCUAGUCCUCGGAUUUGGUGAAGGUGUUGUUGAUGUUAUGUGCCAUGAUGGAACUGGAGGACUGGAAAUAUGCAAGAUGCUGGCACUUUCAUGUUUAGACAAACUGAUUGAAUUGGACCCUCAUUCAUCUUGGGUGUCAUUUUUGUCUGGGCGAGGCUACCUCAAACACUUUAUUGAUUCUCUCUUGGACUCUGAUGGCCAGUUAGAAUCAAUGCUGCAUGCUUCUCCUGAAUCCCUUCGCCCCCUAUAUGUGUAUGAAAGUAAAAUGGCUCUACUUUGCCGCGUUGCCUCCACUCGAAUGGGAGCUGAAAUGCUGCUUGAACAGAAAGCACUUGCUGUGAUGGCAUCCAUGAAAGUUUUUGACCAUCACCCAAUCAUGCAAGCAGGAGCUCCUGAUACAUCUUCCUCUGCAGACUUCAUCCCCUCUGUUGGAAAUCGCUACAUGCAAAUACUUCUACCUGCUUUGCAUCUUUGUGAUGCUGUUUUAACAACAUUAGGAAUGGAAAAUUUGUCAUGUGUUGUUCAGGUUAUACACUUCCUUCUCAGCCAUGUGCAAACUGUCGGACUAGUCUUAGGCUCAGCCAGUCCUUUCCUGCCACUAAAUUAUCUGAAGGAACUUGUUCAUGUAACUGCUGUGAUAGCUCGAUCUGCAAACCAAGAGCUUUACUCAACACAACCUGAUUCUCCUGUGGCUUCUGAUAGAGAUCGCAAGGCACAUUUGCUCCGCAUUCAAACCCUUAUGCUUGCAUUGUUCCCUCAUUUUAUAAUAUCAGAACCGUUGAUGCGCAAGGUGAAAGGAUUUGGAUCAGCUUCUCAGGGGGAUGCAAGAAGUACUGAAGAGAGCUUCCACAACUCUGAAGAGAGGGGAGAAGCUGUUCUCUAUGUUCUGCAAGUUGCUGCUCAUCUAUUACUCUAUGCACGAAAUUUAACUGGGCAAACAGCUGCAGAUCAGAGAAAUAUGCAGCCUCUGUUCAGACCUUCCAUGGCUACUCAACAUGCCCACUCUCACUCAAUAGGGGAUUAUAGCAGCCGCAACCUUGGUCUAACUGGGGCUGGAGAGCGUGUGAGCGAAGCUCAGCCAGCUUUGGGUGUUGUUGUUGAACAGUUGGUGGCAAGUGUUGCUCAUUAUCAGAGUCAAAGAAGAGAACUGGAGAUGUUGAAUCGAAAAUCUCAUUCCGAACUCGGUCCUAUGGAUUUGCAAGAAUUUUUACCUGAGGGUGUGAGUGCUUUGGAGCAGCGGGCCCUGUCAGUGCAACAACUCAAAACACAAGUGCAAAGAAAGGAACGCGAGUUGGCUUUGACAUCAUACAUCAUUGACAAUUGCAUGUACUUAGUAUGGCUGCAUCUAGAUUUCUAUUUAUACCGGGGUCUUCCUCACCCUAGAUCUGGAGUUAAUUUUGACAGCUCUGUGGUUCAUGUUAUGGGUGUUCCAGUGAACAGUGCAUGGCCGGUAUCUCGAGAAGAUAUAAGUUUAAUGAAACAAAGCUUGGUUUCAAAGUUUAAUGACAGCUUUAGUAAGGACUUAGUGGAUACCAAGAAGUAUGGGACUGAUAUGGAGAAGGGCUUUAUUGAAGCUUUGCUUCGCAGGAUCAAGCGUCUUCUUCAAUUUGUGCCAGUCAAGUAGUUGUGCUUACCUGUCUUAAGAAUUCACCCUAAUUAAUUUCUUUAAUGUAACCUUAAUUUUAUGGAAAAAUCCUAUUUCAAAUUCUUAUCUUAGUUCUUGGUGAUGUAUAUAAAAUUAAAAAUUCUUAUGUGUGCGCAUUGUGGUAUUGUGCUGGAUGUGAUUGAUUUUUCAUUUGUGGACUUUGAGACUGAACAUGCUGUCCUCCAUUCAUAUGAAAUAAGUUGAUGCAGUAAUGUUGUAAAUAAAUAAUUUUUAAGAAGAA